AUGGACCCUUCUGUCGCACAUCGACCAUGGGAGGCCGUUUCAGGGCCUCAGAGCUCUGCAGGCUCAACGCAAACCCUCCCCUCUAUCUCGACCCUCACCGCGAAUAUGCCUACAGCAACCCCCUCGGAGAAAUCCCCCGGAAAUGGCUCACUAAACACGAUUGAGCGUGAUUCGGGAACUUGGUCAAUGCCGCAAAGCACAAGUAGGAAACCCUCACCUGGUAUGGAUUGGGAGCGGCGCGGUGCUGACCAUGUAGGAUCGUCCACCUACUCCACGACGACCAAUGGCACCGGCAACAAUUAUCCCUCUCUCAGCUUCAUAUCCGCGUCGCAACCUUCACCGAGCCGUGGACACCCGGCUGUCGACCGCUCCCCUUUCCCCCACGACCAAUCGACGACCCCUUCGUCCGCGGGCACUCAACAGCCCUCUCCAAACUUCAACCAGCCAACUUCCACUCUACCCUCCAUCAACCAGAACUACGAAGCCCCGUCUCAACGAGCGAGUGUGGCAGAGACCACUGAAUCCCGUCGCAGCAGUGUCGACAGUCGCAUGAACCAAGGAAUCAGUUCUCUAGCCAUAAACCCAGCCUCGCCCUACCACAGCACGAAUGCCUCUCAAUCCUCGAUCGUCUCAUCCCUACAGAGAGAGCGCGGGAUUCCGACCGACAUGAAUUCAUACCGAGGACCCCGCUACUCAGGAGGCAGUCAGCCCCUCUCUCCACUGGGUCCUCGCGCAACCGACCAACAGCGCAGUUUCGCAGCCGGUCGCACAGCUCCGGCCAUUUCUUCAAAUCCUCGGUCGGAAAUUUACAAUGCCGAAGCACCCACGGCGGGUAUGGCAUACGCCUUCCCAGAUCCGGACAUGGCGCGUUCAAGCUCCGUCUCCUCGAAGGGAGAGUCGAACCCCCCAUUCUCCCGAAAGGGUAGUAUGGCGGAGUCGAUGAAUAGCAUGUAUUCGGAACGUAUGCCACGAGGACAACACGACCUACCCCAAAAUGUACACCACCACCACUCUCUUCAACACAAGGCAGUGCGAGAGUUGAUCGGCGAAGAAGACGGACCGCCGGGUAGCACACCGUACAGCCGCACGCCCGAACUGCGCGUAACGCACAAACUAGCCGAGCGCAAACGGCGUAGCGAAAUGAAAGACUGCUUCGAAGCGCUCCGGCUGCGUCUACCACCCGGUCAAACCAACAAGUCCAGCAAAUGGGAAACCCUCACCCGCGCAAUUGAUUAUAUCGCAAUGCUGGAGAAAACGGUCGCGCAAUCCCAACGCGACCGGGCCGUCAUGCAGUCCGAGAUGGAUGAGAUGCGCGCCCAGCUCAACCAGCAAGCCAAUGGCGCCUCCCGCCCACCAUCGAUGUUCGAACAUCACAUGAACUCCAACCAGGUCAAUGGCCAAGGCCCUGUUUUCAGCGGAUUUGGCAAUGGCGCUCAGGAGCAGCCACGGACGUUACCGCCUCUUAUGAAUGGUUCUAGUGCACCUAUGCAGGGCAUUGAAUAUGAGCGGCGGUAG